CGUUAGCAACGUUAGUUGCUAUAUAAAUGUACAUAUAUGAAAGAUAAGAACAUUAUUUUAUUGAGCACCAGCGAAAUUUAAUUCACAAAAUGAAAUAUUGUUGGAUUUUUAUGCUUUUUACUGGCUGCCUUGGUGCUGCGGUUAACCCCCAUUGCGGCCAGUUCUGUACCGAGAACUACGACCCGGUGUGUGGCUCCGACGGCAAAACCUACUCCAACAUGUGUUUCUUCAACAUCGCGCACUGCCACGACCACAGCCUGACACACACCAGCGGGCCAUGUGCAGUUAAAAUGGAUUUACCGCCUUGCCCGGAUACUAUAUGCUUCGCCCUGUACGCACCCGUGUGUGGCACUGACGGAGUUACCUACAGUACCGAAUGCCAGCUCAACGGCAAGAAUUGCCACGGAGAGGUAACGGUCGCCCACCAGGGACCAUGCGGCGGUGGAAGCAUUGUGGUUUAGUCUCUUGGCGUGUAGUGUGUUUGCAAGCCAUCAAGGCAUCUAAAUGCGUGUCAUCACUAACAUUAUUGAAUAUAAUAAAAUUACCACCACAAA